UAAAUAAACCAAAAGAUAAGAAGUUUACUACAGUGGCUUGCAAAAGUAUUUAGACAUCCUCAAACCUUUCCACAUUUUAUCAUGUCAAAAUUACAAAUUUCACUGUAUUUUAGUUGAGUUUUAAUGUGCCAAGGCAAAGAAAGCAGCAUUAAUUGGAGUAACAUUUUCUACAGGGGCCAGCAUUACAUUAUUGGUGUCCUGACUCAAGUCUUUUGCAGCCUGCAACAGGUUUUCUUCCACUACUGUCUGUUCUGCCCUAUGCAAGUUACACUAACAGUUUAGAGCUCCCUCUGGUGGCUGUUUGGUGGAAUUGUUUUGAUUACCCCGAGACUGAAAGUAAAGGAAGGAGAAAAAUCCAGGAUGGGCGAACGUAAUGCCAUAGUACUCGUAAUUUAAAGCUACACUAUAAUGCUGCAGUCUUACCCCUGGAUAUGGCUCCGGAUUCCAUUGAUGACAUGUAUGAUGGCUGUCGUUCUAAAUCCUUGUCUCUCAUCAACCUGUAUGGUGUGUUUGAGUGGCAUGUCAACAAGAACUUUAGCUAUGCCUGGGCUGUAGACGAGAGAAAUGCCAAGAAACCUGUGCACAAACACCUGCAAGACGAUCACGCCACGUCCUUGUACAUUUUCACAAAACUGGCCAACAUCCGACAGGAUUUCAACACGGCUGUGAAAACGGGAAAACACGAGUACAGCACGGACCGCUUCAGGUUUCAUUUUCUGUAUUUCUACUUGACCGAUGCCAUUCAAGCCCUGCAUCCAAACCACUCGGCGUGCCAAACCGUUUUCCUCAGAACUUGGAAACGGUUUGAGCAGGAUAUUGUCAACACAAACGUCCGCUUUGGGGGAUUCACUUGGGCAAUCUCAAGCAAGCAGUCAUUUGAGGUCAACGGCAACGUCUCCUGUUUUGAGAUCCAAACGUGUUUCGGUGCUGACAUCACGCAUUACUCCAGCGUAAACCAGAUGGGACAGGUGCUCAUUCCGACCUACGAGGUUUUUCGGGUCACGGACGUUGUGACGGGCGACCCGUGGUGCGGCGUGGUCUACAAGCUUCAGAGCACCAAGAAACCAAAGGCAGACCAAAACUGCAAACUGAGUCAGAAGCUAACAAAAUACCUUUUGGGUGAAAGAUUUAUAAACUGGGGAGGAGGCAACAACGUGACCAUGUCAGCAUGCGCUGUGCUGCUAAUGAUAAACUCUUUUAUUCUCGUGAAACGCAAACAGAAAUGCUAUGUGGCUGUUGUGUUGGGUGCUAUGAUCGUCCUAAUCAUUUUUAUGUUACUGCUUAAUUAACUGCAGUUUUAAUUUAUGUUAUAAACACUUGUAGGAUUUUCAAAUAUUUCAAAAGACAUUUUCUUUAAAAGUAUUUUCCAAAAUAAUUAACUACAAAAUGGUGAUUAUUUGUUCUAAAUGAAUAUCUUCGUUCUGCAUCUGUACAUUGGGAAUUUUGUGAAUUCACCUGACCAAAUCAAAUAAAGCAAAGUCCUAGCUGUACUAACUUUGUAAGCCAAAUUAAAAGAGCCAUAACACAGAUGAAAAAUGAUAAGUCCAAAAUGUCUUUAAAUGAUUAGUUUUUGUUUAAUUCUAGGGUCGAUUUUAACUUGACUCUAGUUGGUGGUUGAACCGUUUCUUUGCACAGAAUCUUAACUAAUUUGUAGUUUAUCAAUUUGAGGUUUUGGAUGUCUGACCUCCACAGGAAGUGGUCUGCAGGGAUCUUAUGAGAAGCAGGAAGUGGUGUGUUGACUACGAACUCUUUUGUUGCUCUGCAGAAAUACUGUUAACACACAGAAAUAAUCUAUUUAUGUGUGAUGCCAUUCAUGACAACAGAAUAAUAGUGGUGUGAAUAAAUACCUGAUCUUGAAUAUGAUGUCAUGUAUGUACAGUACAGACCAAAGGUUUGGACACACUUUCUAAUUGAACUCAAUUAGAAAGUGUGUCCAAACUUUCUGGACCAUCCUUAGAUGUGAAUAAAACAUUAAUUUUGUGAACAAAACGGUUGGACAGCGGCUCAGUUGGGAGCACU